AUGGCUUUGAAAAACACUGACAAAGUACGACCAUGUUCUGAGUUUAAAACUACGCAAAACAACGAACCACUUAACAGAAGCAUCGUGAAAUUUGCUGUAGAAAAAGAACAACCGGAAGUGGCACGUGUAAAACUUUUAUUAUGCAACAAUAGCAAUCGUCAAAUUCAAUGGUUAUUAAAGUGCAACGACACUACCAUUACGGCUGAACCAAUGACAUCUGGUCGCAUCGAAAAGCUUGGAAGGAACGAAGUGAAUUUAAUAUGGCGACGCCCUAAAGCUAUAGAGCAAUGGGCAAAUGCGCCUCAACCAAAAUUGCUACUUUUCAUGAAAUUAAUUGCCGCUGAAUCUGGCAAAGAAGUUGCUGAUGCAUUCACGAAAUUUAAAGCAAUGAUAGAACCGGAAGCGGGAUGUACCACAAGCGAUUUGCCUAUUCAUGAAGUGGUCAUUAAAUCGGUAAAAACUUCGGAACAGUUAGCAACUGAUGGAAACGAUUCUAAAAUUGGCACCGAAGGCGCUAUUCGUCCGGAAAGUUUUCUUGAAGAUCCGGAUACACUAUUUUGGCUUAUUGUAUUCCUGUGUUGUUUUCUCGGAGCUGUCAUUCUGCAAUCUAUCAGCGAUGGUGAUCGCAGAUCUCGUAGAUACGAUUCCGAUUGA